AUGUUUUUGAAAUUUGAACAGAAUUAUUAUGUAAGCUCGUUAUUUUUGUAUAUCACACUGUAACUUCUGUAUAAUAAACUUUUUCAGUUAUUUUAAAUUUAUUUGUUAUGAAGAAGUUUUGGUAUAGAGUUUGUUAUACAGGAUUCGCGGAAAUUUUCAUUUAUAGCCAUGCAAAACGUAUUUCAGGUAUCUCAACAAUAUUCUUUUACGUUUUGUGCAACAGCCCAUAAUCUUCUGGACUAUACGGCAGGUGUAGCCUGCUGCUUACAUGAUUGGAAACAGUUUAGGAAAAAUAAUUAUGCUUUGCUUUACUUUGAUCAUAAUAAAACGUAAGUGUUUUUUGCAAGAUUAUGUUAUAAUAAUUCUUUUAAAGUGCAACUUUUGUAUAACAAAUUCGUCUAUAACGAAGACUUAACUAUAACAGACUCUUGUAUAAAGAACUCUUUUGUAAAAAAACGGAAACCUCUAUAAUGAACUCUUCUAUCAAGAAAUUCUUGCAUAACGAACAACUUUAAAAUUUUUAGCUAAUACUACACAAUGCAUUUUGCAUUUGUAACUUCUGUAUAUCAAAUAGACAUGAGAAACGGGGCGGACCGGGCCUGAAUGUUAGGCCUUUUCGAAAUUUUGCUCAAGGCCGGCCCGGCUCGGCUCGUUUCUCAUGCCUAAUAUUAAACCCUUUUCAUAAAGAACAAAUCUUAAAUCCCAGAUCAAUAUGGCAUACAAGAGUUCCAUUGAACGACAUUUUGUUAUGCAAAAGCUCUACUGCUUAUUGAAAAAAAGAAGAUUAUUGUAUUUUACAUGUUCUUAAUUUUUAGGUCAUGUGAAAACAACGGCGACUAUUUUCCGCCGGCUAAACUAACCUCUCUAAUUAAAACACAGCCAAAGAAAUGGACAAAUGUUGUUCUACUAAUAGAGCCUAUAUACCGAUUUGUUUCAGCUUAUUACAAGCUUUGUGUCAAGUAAGAAUUUUUGAAAAAGUCCUGUUUAAAAUAAUAAUGGUACAGUCGAACGCUUUUGUUAUAACAAACUCAUCUAUAGCAAAAAUCUUGGCACUUCACUAUACAGGAGUUCUACUGUAACAUAUUAUUUAUAGUAUUUACUUUAUUUGCUUUCAGCACCGGCCGAACCUGCUAUUCUUGCGAAACUAUAAACUGUAUGCUAAAAGUUUUGUUAGAACGAAUGACUGACAUUGGCAAAGGAGCAACACCAACCAAAAUGGAUAUGCGUUUUAUUCCACAAAAUUGGUCAGUAUUUUACUUUUUUUUCUUUUUUUAACCAUAGGAUUCUCGCGGCAUUUCAAUAAAUCGAAAAAAUUUAAGUGUCAAAAGCCUUUGUAGUCUACAGUACUUUUUUAAUCUUUCAGGAAAUGCAACAACUUGCCCGACACUCAACAAUCAGUCAAUGUUGUUCUUGAUCCAUGGACAAAAGAAAAACGAGACGUGUUUAUUCACAACCUGAUCAACGUUUUAUACGCAAAUCAAGUGGCUUCAAAGACCGUUAACAACAUAGUACAAGAGAGUAGUGAAUACUUUAAUGACAAGUUCUUAACUAGAGAAUACUUUUAUUUAGUAGAAGAAAUACGACAACCAGAGAAUAUGAGGUUGUUCAAUCAGCUUUAUGGCAAUGACUACAAGUUGUUCUUUUUUGAGUAA